AUGUCUGGUGAUGAUGAUGUUGUUGGUGGUGCCAACAUUAAUAAUCUUGGUGCUAGCUUACUCAUAACUAGCAGCAGGUACAUCAAGAUUUGGCAUAGAACCACCAAAUACAUUGGAAUUCUCAUCUAUCUCAAGAAAUCAACACCAUACACUGCAUUGCCUCCUGCUAGAUCCAAAUCAUACCAUGAAAUUGAGAUUGCCUCUGAUGAUGAUCAAGAGGAGAAAGUAGAACAUGAUGGCCCUCUUUGUUCACCACUUUCUGAUCAACACACUGAGGAGGGCCUUAUUGGCAAUGGGAACUAUAAGGUGUUGCCAGGGCAUGAUGGAACAAGCUUCACCAAGUGUUUGUCGAAUUGCUUCAAACGCAACAAUUAUGUAAUUUCAGUACUGUUAUGCUCAGCUGGUUUGUCCUUUGCCACAGAGUUCAAGCAAGAGGGACCUAAAUAUGGUUGGCAUGAUGGUGUUGCCAUAGUAAUUGCUGUUAUCCUGAUUGUUGCAUUCCCUUCCAUAACAAACUAUUGGCGCGAAAGGAAGAUGAUGAAACUGUCAAAGAGAAAGGAGAAAAUGAUAUUCACAGUUGAAAGGGAGGGCUUGUUGGAGAGGCGAAUCGAGAAGCCAAUCUGUUAUAUUGACAAAUUUGUUCUUUUGGUCUCAGCAUCAGUUGCUCUUGUGGUGCUUAUUCGCCUGAUCUGCAAAUCGAAUGGGGACAGUGGUGAUUUGCCAGAGCUUAAGGGGAAUGUCUCAGUUGGUUUGGUGAUGGAAUUUCUUCAGAGAACCUUUUUGAGGCCAUAUGGAAGGAUUUCCAUCUUAACAGGUCUUGUUACUGUUGUAGUACUAUGUGUGCAACAUGGAGUGCCACUUAUGGUUACAGUUUCUCUCUAUUACCAGAAGGUAGUGUCUAGAAAAGAUGCAGUCAUAAAUGGUUUAUCAGCUUGUACAACAAUGGGGCUAGUUACUGUCAUCUGCAUUGAUGUAUCUGGUGGAUUGACAUCCGAGCUGAUGAAGGUUAGCAGAGUUUGGAUGGGGGAGAAAGAUAUUAGCAAGGUUGAGGAAUCAGAAGUUAAUCAAGUUGUUCUCAGUAUGCUUCAACAUGGAGUUGUUUUAUCUGUUGCACCAGAGCUUCAGCUUUCUCCAAUAUCAAGUUCACUUAUUUCUUGGGCUGAAACAACAUCGGGAAUGAAUAGAGAGUAUUUUACAACAAAUUUUGACACUCUAGAGCACAGAAAACUGGAUUCUGACAAAGAAGGCAGUGGAGUUUUGUUGAAAAAGGUUGGGGAGAAUGAUCAAAAUCUGCACCUGCACUGGAGCGGUGAUGCAUCCGCGGUAUUGGAUAUGUGUUCGCUGUACUAUGAUAGCAAAGGGGAAUGCCACACCAUAGGGAAUCAGAAAAUCAAAUUUGAAGAAGUGAUUAAGGAGAUGGAAAAUAGUGGUCUGAAGCCAAUUGCAUUUGCUCAUAAACAAACUACUGUGCAAGAACUUGAACACGAUGAAUUGAUAUUGUUAGGAUUGAUGGGUCUCGAACGAACAUGUCAAGAAUCCAGAAGACUAGCAAUGGAAGAGCUCAGAGAAGCUGGAUUAAAGAUCAUACUGGUUUCAGAGGAUGCAAUUGUGGUAGUGAAGGACAUAGCUCAGGAACUAGGAUUUGAAUUGACAUUAGCUGACAUUUUUCUUGAAGGAAAAGUACUUCAAGAUUUGAAUGAAAGUGCUAGAUUGGAUAAGGUGGACCUGGCCCUCAUAAUGGGAAGUUUUUGCCUUGAAGACAAGAUUCUCAUGGUACAAUGCUUGCAAGAAAAGGGUCAUGUGGUUGCAUUUGUUGGAAAAAGGACAACUAGCUAUAGUUCAGUUCUGCAAGUAGCUGAUGUAGGCAUAAUCCAUGAUUCUCUAGGCACAGUAGUGGACACAGAUAGUUCUGGAAUAACCAUCAGAUGUUUCAGUGCAUUGAAACCAAUUGUUAUGGCUGGUAGAAAUAACUACAGAAACAUUCAGAAGUUCAUUCAACUUCAACUCACCUUUAGCAUAUCAGGUUCACUCAUAACCUUGAUUACUACAAUCUCCACAGGAGAAUCACCUUUAACAGCAUUCCAAUUUGUUUGGGUGAAUUUUGUAAUGUGCCUUCUUGGUGGCCUAAUGAUGAUAAUGCAGUUGAGUUGUGAGGAAAAGCUUCUUGCUAUUCAAUCAUCAAGGAGUCAAUCAGUUAUAACAAGAGAGAUCUUGAAGAGCAUAGCUGUUCAGGUUUUGUACCAGACUUGGGUAUCGAUGAUGCUCAAAUUCAGUGGCCAUAGAACUAAUGAAGAGAAAGAAGUUAGGAAAACCAUGAUCUUCAACUCAUUCCUAUUUUGCCAGGUCUUCAAUCUACUCAACACCAUGAAUUUGUUGAAAAAGCAAGUUGUCAAAGUUGUUCUGAAAAGCUACUUUUUCUUGGUGGCUUUAGCUUUUUGCAUUCUUGUGCAGGUGCUGAUGAUUGAGUAUGCAAAAUGCCUAGCAUAUUAUUGCAUGAGGCUGAAUGUUCCACACUGGGCUAUCUGUGUCCUUCUUGGUUUCUCUUCAUGUGUAUUUGAAUGGAUCCUGAAGAAUCUAGCAGUGAUUCUUAGCACCAGUAAUGCUUCAGAAACAAGUACUUCUCCCUCUGGAUUGUUUAAUUGGUCACGUUGGUUUUAUCUCCCUUUGGGAUUUCCAUUUCUGAUGUUGCUUUUCUUCCCUGACCAAAUGAAACAGAUACUUAGAUAGUGGAUGAACUUAACAUGUUCGUGUGUAGCAUUGUAACACACCACUUCAGUAAUUUAUAGUUCUAGGUAGUACCUUUGUGUAUAGUUUUUCACUUUUUUGUGUAUAAUAAUUCAUUUGCAGAUUGCAAUUUAGUCUCUAAAAUGCAACCUGCACUUGUAUGUGUAGAAUAUUGAAUAACGCAGUUGUAGGUG